UGGGCUCUCGCUGGCGGGGGGUGGCUGGGACCUUUAGCUCGCCAGGCUGGCAGGGUCGGGGCCGCUGCUCCACCGGCGGACGGGAUGGAGACCAUGCGAGCACAGCGGCUGCAGCCCGGAGUGGGCACCAGCGGGAGGGGCACUCUGCGAGCGCUUCGGCCCGGAGUGACUGGGGCCGCGGCUGCCACCGCCACACCCCCGGCAGGCCCCCCGCCCGCACCGCCGCCCCCCGCGCCGCCCCCGCCGCCCCUGCUCCUGUCCGGUGCCCCGGGGCUGCCGCUGCCCCCGGGCUCCGCCGGCAGCCCCGCAGUGCUGCGGGAGGCCGUGGAGGCCGUGGUGAGGAGCUUCGCCAAGCACACGCAGGGCUAUGGCCGAGUGAAUGUGGUGGAGGCACUUCAGGAAUUCUGGCAGAUGAAGCAGUCCCGUGGGGCAGACUUGAAGAACGGGGCUCUGGUGGUUUAUGAAAUGGUUCCCUCCAACAGCCCUCCUUAUGUCUGCUACGUCACUCUGCCCGGGGGAAGUUGCUUUGGGAGCUUCCAGUUUUGCCCCACAAAAGCUGAGGCCCGGCGGAGUGCUGCAAAGAUUGCACUGAUGAAUUCUGUGUUUAAUGAACACCCUUCCCGAAGAAUCACUGAUGAGUUCAUUGAGAAGAGUGUCUCUGAGGCCCUGGCAUCUUUCAAUGGCAACAGGGAGGAAGCUGACAACCCAAACACAGGGAUUGGUGCCUUCCGAUUCAUGCUGGAAUCCAACAAGGGCAAGUCAAUGUUGGAGUUCCAGGAACUAAUGACAGUUUUUCAGCUGCUGCACUGGAAUGGCAGCCUUAAGGCCAUGAGGGAGAGACAGUGCUCUCGGCAGGAAGUGUUGGCUCAUUAUUCACACCGGGCCCUGGAUGAUGAUAUUCGCCAUCAAAUGGCAUUGGACUGGGUGAGCCGGGAGCAGAGUGUGCCAGGGGCACUGUCUAGAGAGCUGGCCUCUACUGAGCGGGAGCUGGACGAAGCUCGGCUGGCAGGCAAGGAGCUGCGCUUCCACAAGGAGAAGAAAGAUAUUCUCCUGCUGGCCGCUGGGCAGUUGGGCAAUAUGCAUUCCUCCAACUGCUAGGCGUCCAUGCACAUACUCCCCAUCCUCUCCAGGCUCUUUUUGAUAAUGUCUUUUCUAAGACUUAGUAUGAUUUCUGUACAUACUUUCUCAAUUUUAUACUUUAAAAUAUAGAUAUAUAUAUGU